AUGCGAAUUCUUUCAUCCAAUUUUUCGAAAAAGUGCAUUUUCGGAAGAAAGAAUUCACAGACUGAUUUUUUUAACGCAGAAAAUCAACGUAGCUUACAAACAACAAUUCUAUUUAAUAUUUGUACAAUUUUAUCAAAACAGAACAGUAAACAUUGUUCGAACCUUCUUAUAUCAACACUAAAAAGACAUAAUGACAUAUUUUCAAAUGUUUGUUUAUUUAAAUUUCAUUUAUUAUUGUUAAAUGAAUUAUCAAAAAAUGAUGAAGAUAUCAGUGGUGGUCUACACGUGUUGUUAAAUUUUCAAAAUUUAACGAAUGAUGCAAUUCAAAGCUUAAUGGAAUUAAAGAAAAAAUUUAUAAAAAAACGUGAUCAAAGCGUUAUUUUUGAUAAAAUUAAAUCGGCCACAUAUCAACCUUUACAAGAAUUUAUUCUAGUAUUACUGGAUGAGAGUAAUCAUAACCUAGAUGCAUUGAAACAAGUUCUUGAGCAAUGCCUUGGUCGAUUAAAGAUUUCUGAAUUGAAAUCGGUAGAAUAUCGUAUUAAAUUAUAUUUAAUACAAGCAACAAUUUGUAAGUUGGAGAAUGAACCAGUUAAAGCACUGGAUAUUUUGCAUGAUGCAUUGCUGUGUUACCCGCACGACGAUGUUGUCAAUUGUCUAGUCAUAUUUAUCAACGAUAAUGAAUUUUAUCAAACGUUAAUCAAUCAAAAUAACUACGAUUUUAUUGUGUCAGUCAAUAUAAAUCCACCUACGACAAUCAUGAAUUUGAAAUUUCUGAAAAAAAAUAAUCAGUUAACAAUGAUAAAAAAAUAUGAACAAUCAAUUAUCAAACGCAUGCAAAAUAAUUUAUUACAAUCAGCAUUAUCUUACAUUGAUUAUUGUAUGGUUGCUCAUGGUAAUGCAACAAUGAUUGCAACAAAUAUGUUAAUAGCAUGUCUGUAUUUUCAUAAAUUAAUGAAACAAUCACUAUCAUCGAAAGCUGAAUUAUAUGCAUAUCGAACAGUUAUAUUUAAUUUAUCUUUAGAAAUAUUUCAGAUGACAAGACAUUAUUUACCAUUACAUUUAGAAUUUUACAUAUACAAACUGUUGUUCACAUUAAUAUCACGUUCAAACGAAUUACUCAAAGCAUGUUGCUCGUCAAAAACUAGUUUUCGUAGAACAACUUCUGAAUUAAUUAUAACAAAUAAUCAUCGUUUUAUACUUGAACAAUUAUUAACAAGUAUCUCUCGUGUCGCAAAAGUAUCACCGUUCAUACAGUUACCAACAUCCUCAGUAUAUGAUACACUGUAUUUGGAAGCAACUGGAGAAAAGUUUCUUGAAAAAUAUUUAAAAUUUAUGUCAUCUAAUAAUUACAUCUAUCAAUAUAAUCUGUUUGAAGGUAUCUGGAAAGGUUGGAUAUCAAAUGAAAAUUUCAAUGAUGAACGUAUUUAUUGCAUGGAAUUAAUAUUAGAAAAUCAUGAGUGGUCUAUGAGCGAUGUUGAAUUUAUACUUCAGUGGCCAGUCAUACCACGAACACCAGAUGGUUGGCUAUUAAAUAACAAACAUUCAUUACAGCUAAAAAUGAAAUACUCGCCUGUUUAUGAGCUAUCACAAACAAAUUAUUUGUAUACAUUAUUGCAUGCGGAUUACCUAUUGAAAAUGAUCUCAACUGGUAUGGAGAUUUGUUCAAAAAGACCAUUUCAAAUAUCUGAUGAAAAGCAUUUCCUCAGACGUUUACCACAACGAUUACAAAGCGAAUUUGUAUCAAUUUAUAAGCAGAAAUCAAAGAAUGAUAGUAUACUUCCUCGCAUUCAUCGUUUUUGGAUUGAAUCCGAUGAUUAUAUAUUUGUUGAUGUUGAUUAUACACAAUCACAGAUAACAUAUCGUCUGGGUAAUGUUAAAAUGAGUGUAAAGAACCACCGAAUGAAAUAUAAUGUGGAUGGGAAAUUAAUCGAUGAUGAAACAGACAAUUAUUUGGAUAAUAGUCCGGAAGAUGUAUUUGCAAAAUUAUUUACCAAUAAUUAUGAUGAAAUUGGUUCAUAUUUUCCAGAAUUGUUGCGCCUUAAAGAAUUAAUAAAAAUUGGAAUGCUAAUAAGAUGUGUUCGCUCAGCUUAUGAAAAUUUAAAAGCAGAUAUCAAUGAUAAUGAUACGAAAGCAAUUGAGAGUGCUGUAAGAUCACUUAAAGAUCAAGCAGGUGACUAUCCUACUGAAACUAAUGAUAACAUCGAUAAGUAUUAUAAUGAAAUAUUAAUUAAAAAUUCAGUGUCUGAUGAAGAUUUAACGUCGUCUCAAAUCGAAGAUAUUAAAUCUAAUGUUAGAAAACAGUUAGUUGAUGCUGAUAAAACAUUUGUUGAUAAAAUUACAACAAUUAUCUGCGAAGGAUGUCAUUCGGUUGAAUCUCAUCAAACGAGGGCCUAUGUCAAAAAUUGGUUAGCCGAAGGAAAAGAACCUUUUUUUCCUUCAAGCAAAUACGAAGAAAAACUUAUCCGAUUCAUGGCUGCUUCUUUCAAAAAACAUAAAAGAGCUAAGUAUUUAAAUAUAUUGACAAAAAUUGAAAACUUAGUUGAUGUGAGAAACGAGCCAUCAGAUUCGUAUUUAGGUAAUUUAAAAACAGAAUGUUGUUGGGUACCGUCUGUGUUUGGAUACGAAGAGAAAAGUGUUGUACGAGUUUACGGUGGUGUUUCUUUAAUUACAAAUCCACGUAAAGGAACAUUACCAAUAAACGACGGAAAAGAUAUUAGACGAUAUACAUCUGAUCAAGUGUUGGGUCCAUCAGGAAGAACAACAAGCAAGAAAGGAAGAAUAAUGCCAAAAAAACAUAUUACUGACACUAAUCGACCAUCGUAUACGAAUCCCGGUCAUCAUGAUCCAGACUCAAGAAAGUUUCGUCGUGAUGGUCACACGGAUCCUUUACCAGAUGAUGCGGAAACACUCUAUAAAUAUUCGGUCACAUUAGAUUCGAAUGAAUUGAAAAACACUUGGUGGUCGUUGAAUCCAAUCAACGGUGAUAUUUAUCGUUAUCAUUCUGAUGGUCGCGAAGCACAUUACGCUGGUCGAUAUUAUCUUGAUAUGAAACGAUUUCGAAAACUUAAGUCAAAAUCCAGUCAAUUCACCUAUAAAAUAACGAAACAGGUGGAAAUACCAUCGGAAAUUAAAAAAUAUUUUGAAAAAGAAUGGAAAAUUAAACAGAAUGAGAAGAGCACCCAAAACUGA